GAAGGAAACCUGAGAUAAAACUUGCUGCUUUCUCUGGUGUCACCUGUACUUAGGUGACAAUUUAAAGAAAGUCAACUCUGCAGCUUGAUGGGCGACAACUCUUUUCAGCCAAAAAGUAAUUCAAAAAUGGCAGAACUCUUUAUGGAAUGUGAAGAAGAAGAGCUAGAACCAUGGCAAAAGAAAGUAAAAGAGGUUGAAGAUGAUGAUGAUGAUGAGCCAAUUUUUGUUGGAGAGAUAACAAGUUCAAAACCAGCAAUUUCAAAUAUUUUGAACAGAGUAAAUCCCAGCUCAUAUUCAAGGGGAAUAAGGAAUGGUGCACUUAGUCGAGGUAUUGCUGCUGCAUUCAAGCCUACAAGUCAACACUACAUAACUCCAGCAUCAAAUCCAGUGACAGCCUCCCCAGUCAAUUUUCAUCCUGAAUCUAGAUCUUCAGAUAGUUCUAUUAUUGUUCAACCUUUGUCUAAACCUGGUUAUCUAACAAACCCAUCACGAACUAUAUCUAAUAAUUCUUCAGAGUUAUUGUUUGACUUAACCCAAGACACAGGAUUGUCUCAUUACCCAGGUGCAUCGACACUUCCUAUAACAGGUAUGAGUGAAAGUUCAUUUUUGUCAAAACGUCCGUCUACAACUGAAGUCAACAAUGGUAAUCCAAAAAAAUGUAAACCCAGUGAAGCUGUUUCUGAAACAGAUUCCUCAGCUAUGUUUCCUUCAGUUAAGUCUCCUUUAGUGACAACUCCCCAGGCCAUGCCAUCAAAAGGUACAGAUACUUCAUCAAAUCAGUCUAAGAAUGGGACCCCUUUUCCAAGAGCUUGUCCAAAGUGUAAUAUUCAUUUCAAUCUCUCAGAUCCUUUGAAAAAUCACAUGAAGUACUGUUGUCCAGACAUGAUAAAUAACUUUUUUGGACUGGAUAAAACAGAAUUUCCAAGUACAGCAGAUAAAAAUAAGACUCUUGAUUCAGAGAAAGGAAAAUUGAUCAUGUUAGUUAAUGACUUUUAUUAUGGAAAACAUGAAGGAGAUGUGUUGGAGGAACAGAAAACUCAUACAACCUUCAAAUGCUUCAGUUGCUUGAAAAUUCUUAAAAAUAAUAUUAGAUUUAUGAACCACAUGAAACACCAUUUGGAGCUUGAGAAGCAGAGCAGUGAGAGCUGGGAGAACCACACCACCUGCCAGCACUGCUACCGGCAGUUCCCCACGCCCUUCCAGCUGCAGUGCCACAUCGAGAGCACGCACACGCCCCACGACUUCUCCACCAUUUGCAAAAUCUGUGAAUUAUCAUUUGAAACAGAACAUAUUCUUUUGCAACAUAUGAAGGACAAUCAUAAACCCGGUGAAAUGCCAUAUGUUUGCCAGGUUUGCAAUUAUAGAUCAUCAUUAUUUUCUGAUGUGGAAAUUCAUUUCCGAACAUCCCAUGAAAACACUAAGAACCUGCUUUGCCCUUUUUGCCUGAAAGUUAUUAAAAUUGCAACACCUUAUAUGCAUCAUUACAUGAAACAUCAGAAAAAAGGAGUACAUCGUUGUACAAAAUGUAGACUGCAGUUUUUGACAUGCAAAGAAAAAAUGGAUCACAAGACCCAGCAUCAUCGAACAUUUGUAAAACCUAAACAGCUGGAAGGAUUACCUCCUGGAACAAAAGUUACUAUUCGAGCUUCAGUUGGACCUGUUCAGUCAGGAUCUUCAACUACACCUUCCAUUAGUGCAAGCACUUCUACCCUUCAGCUCUCACCUCCAAGGACUAAAAAUAUAAUUGCUAAAAAUCCCGCAAAAAACAAUACAAAUAGACCUAAUGCAGCUAAAUCCAAUGCAAGUAAACCCAAUACAAGUAAGCCUAAUGGAAGUAAAUCUAAAUGCAAAUCAAAAAUCUCUAAUAUGCAAAAGAAACAAAGCACAUUGGCUGAUAGCCAUAACAAGAGUAAAGUCAAUACAUCAUUGAGGAACUUAAGGUAUCGUCCGGGAGUUCAUAAUUGCAUUGAGUGUUGUUCGGAAGUAAAAGAUUUUGCAAAUCACUUUCCCACAUAUGUCCACUGUAGUUUUUGCAGAUACAACACUAGCUGUAGUAAAGCCUAUGUAAAUCAUAUGAUGAGCUUUCAUAGUAACCGUCCAAGUAAAAGGUUUUGUAUUUUUAAGAAGCAUUCAGAAGAUCUCAGGGGCAUUACUGUAGUGUGCCUUAAUUGUGAUUUCCUAUCUGAUGGAUCUGACUUAGAUAACAUGGCGACACACUUAAGUCAACAUGAAACUCACACUUGCCAAGUUGUACUUGAGAAAGUUUCUGUUUGUCUUCUAACUUCUGAGCAUCUUUCUGAAUUAAAAAAUGAAACUCCCGGUAAGGAACAAGAACCUAUAUGUGAGGAAAUUGCAAGAUUUGAUAUACCUGAAAGAGAAACAGAAACAUCAAAUUUUAAAAGUAAACCAAAACCUUUAAAGGAAGAGAAAAGUGAAUGUGAAGCCGAUUCAUUUGAAGGCUCAUCAGCAAAUACAAGUAAAGAAAGCAUAAUGGAACCGGGCUCAGAAACUAAGUUAGGUACUGACUCAAGCUUGGGCACGGAGGAGGUGCUUGAGGAGGAACAAACAGAGCCCGUUUGUCAGGACCUGGGACAGGAAGGAGGCCCGCACGCAGGAAGCGCGGUUCCAUGUGCCCAGGGGAAAGCACAGAAGUCCCGUGAAGCAACGUUAUCUUCAGAGAAUAUUCAAGAUCCACGAUUAACACAGGCUGAGCUUACAGUUAAUGAGCUUUUGAGCAGCAGAGACAAGCCUGGCGUGAGUGAGCCGUGGCGUGUUCGCUUGGAGCCUUGUGCUGCAGCCGAGAUGCUUGAGAGUGCGGCCUCCAGGGUUCUGCAGAAAGGGAGUGGUGGUCCCUUGGCCAGGACUGAGGACACAGAGCCCGCCCCCGUGGGUGAUGCCCCCGAAGAAAACAUCCCUGGCACUGCGGAGCCUGCAGCAGAGCGGGCAGGUGAAAGGGGGCAGGGUCGGAGCUAACCAGCACUCUCAGCCUUGGCACCAUCAGCAAGAACAUUUCAGCGUUGCUACCAGAUUAGCUCUGGGAUGUGUUGUAGAGUUCAGAAAUAGGAAAAAAAAAAUGGAGAGUGAUCAUUCACAUUUUAUCAAUACAUUCAGGCUACGGCAUUUUUAAAAAAUAGGUCAUCUUACUUAUUUUUUAAUUUCCAAUAAGUUUUUAAAACACCAAUAGGAUCUUCAUGAAGGUUAAAUUAUAUUCAUGGAAAAGUCUCACUUAAGUUUCCAAGAUAGCAGGUCCAAUCUUGCUUAUUAGGAAUUAGUUACAUUGAAAACUUUUGAAACUCUUGUCAACCGUAAGCUAAAAGUCCAUAUUUCUUACCUAUUCUUUUUAAGUAAUUCAUAGAGACUUGGAAGCCACAUACCUUCAGGGAAUAUUUGAUGUGAAAUUAGAGCUCCUGGGCAUUGUUAGCUUUCUUUUUAGCCUGAUGCUGGUAAAUGGAAAUUGUUGAGAGUGAUAAACUAGUUUAUCUUUCAAAUUUGGCUGAACAUGAACUUAAUUUUGGAUUCAGUGUAACAUUCCUGAAUGUCAGAAGCAUGUAAACAGAAUAUUUGAAUCUGUGUAACUCCAUAGGUUAGCCUUCCAGGCUAUACGCUUACCUAAUUAAACUUUCAGUGAAAGUGAAAUAUUAAAAUAUGAAUUUAUAUUUGUGCUUUAUGUCCAUGGAUAAGCUGUGUAGAAAUUCCUUGAUACAUAAAGUAAAAACCCACUGUUGAAAUCGCUGUAGCUAUUAUGCUUUUAAAAUUGUUUUAAUAAUUACCUUUAGAAAUAGACCCAUUAAUAUGGUCUGGGAACCAAACCAAAGUAUGGUAUAAUGUAGAUAUUGUAAAAUUUAUUGCCCUGAAUUCAGCCUUGUUUAAGUGAUUUUUUUUUUUAAAUUUUGUUGUAAAAUAGGAAUUUUAAAUGGGCUUAAAGCAAUGAUGUUAACAUAGGUUUGGAAUGUUUAGCCUAAUUUAUCAGUAAGGUAUCUGCUAAAUUGAUUUUUUUUUUCAGUUUUUUAUCAUCUAGAAAAUAAUAGCUAUAGAAAUGAAUAAUUGCUUUGAAGUACUAAGAAAUUUUAUUUGAAAUGCUGCAUUUUUACUUAUAAUGUAUUUCAAUUCUUAAAUUUUGUUUCACUGAAUGUUACAUGUCUUAAAUGGCUCUAAAAAUUCUGCUGUAUAUAGUAGUUUUUGAGUAAAUAUUUGCAAUAAAAACCUGUCCCUGAACAAUUAUAUUUUUCAGAAAACUGA